AACUCUCAAAAUCUCAAUGAAAAGGAUGCAAAUAGCUCAACAGCACAUACAUGGAGCAACCAAAUAGAAAAAACAAUAAUUACUGAAAACAGACUAUAUCCUAAGAAAGCAUGUAAAGAGAAAAUAUUAGAUACUCAACAACAUAUUCAUACAUCAGUAAGAAUUGAUGACUCUAAUGUAAAAAUAGACAUCAAAGGAGGGGAUGAACUGAACCAAGACCUAUACAAGGAAGACAUCAGAGAAACAUAG